CGCGUUCCGGGUGACGUCACGGGCGCGCCCACGCUCCGACGCAAAGCAGGGGCUUUUUAUUCGGAGCCCAGGAUUGUCCCUUCCACGGACGAGACUUUUUUGUGACCCGACCCCGUUUGAUCUCCCGUGCCAGGCGGCUUCCUUGGAAGCGGCGGCAGCCGCGCUUAGUCGUGCAAAAAGCGGCCAGGGUAAAGGACGGGAACGCAACUUUAGAUUGCAACUGGAAAGCACAGCAGGGGCCUUCCGGUUGGUCAUCACGUGAGCGGAAGAAGGGAACCUUUUAGCCCCGGUGCUCGGGCCUCACGGACGGCUGCGAACGUUUCUCAUCUUUGUGAUUGGUCCAUCAGCACGUCCUUAAUUUUCCGAUUACGAAAGAGAGGGGCUUGUGGAAGCGAAGGAUCAUGAUUGGGCCACGUUGGACACGCCCCCUCCCGUUGGACCCGCCUUUACCGCCUGCUUCCUUCCCAUUGGUGCGAAUAGUGCUACUCGCGGAUUGGAGGAAGGGAACCCGGCUGAGUUGAAGAGCCGAUGGCGGCGUCACUUGCGGGGAAGAAAGUUGUGUUCGUUACUGGAAAUGCUAAGAAGCUAGAAGAGGUGGUGCAGAUCCUGGGGGAGAAGUUCCCCUGCGACUUGGUCCCGCAGAAAAUUGACCUGCCGGAAUACCAGGGGGAGCCGGAGGAGAUCUCCAUCCAGAAGUGCCGGGAAGCGGCCAGGCAGGUCCGGGGGCCCGUCUUGGUGGAGGACACCUGCCUCUGCUUCAAUGCCCUGGGGGGCCUCCCGGGCCCCUACAUAAAAUGGUUUCUGGAGAAGUUAAAGCCUGAAGGUCUCUACCGACUCCUCGCGGGCUUUGAAGACAAGUCAGCCUACGCUCUCUGUACCUUCGCGCUCAGCACCGGCCAGCCCGAAGAUCCUGUAGAGCUUUUCAAAGGCCAGACCUUCGGCCAGAUCGUGGAGCCUCGGGGUUGUCGGGACUUUGGCUGGGACCCUUGUUUCCAGCCUGACGGCUAUGAGCAGACGUAUGCCGAGAUGCCCAAAGCUGUAAAGAACACCAUCUCUCACCGGUUCCGAGCCCUCCGUGAGCUACAGAGCUACUUCCUGCAGCCAGGCUCCGCGAGGGCCCAGGAGGGUGUGCCACAGAGGGGAGAGGGGGAGGGGGCGGCAUGAAGGACCCCAGGGACCGUGUGGAGGGACAUGUGGGCCCUCCUGGAUAAAAGUAUUUCAUUAAUCUCA